GCACUAGUAGUAGUUAGCUCUUUUACCACGUCGAGAAUAGAUUAUCAUCACGCGUCAGUACACGCGAUUUUUGACGCGUUGCAUGCACAUUGUUGGUUAAACCACUGGCAGUCCAUCAUACUCCAGCUCUAUAUCCUGCGAACAUGCAACGGUGUCUCAUAUUAAGCACAAUUGUUCUCGGUUUUUCUCCCAAGGACGAGUCGAUUCCCACACACACACACACACACACACACACACAACAUGUCCAGUCCAGCAGGCCAGAAGCGCAGUGCUAAUCAUUUGACUACCUCUCCCGCCGAUGCGAAGAAGCCCAAGAAGGGUAGUAUUACUUCCUUUUUCGGUCCUCCCAAGGCUAAAACUGUUGAACCUAAAUCAACAUCAUCUCGCUCGUCCAGCUUUAAUAAACAAGGAUGGGUAACGUCGUUGACCUCGGAACAAAGGGAGCUCCUGCAGCUUGAGAUCGACACAUUGGAUGAAAGUUGGCUGGCUCAGCUGAAAGAGGAAUUGGUGGCACCCGAGUUUCUAGCGUUGAAACGUUUCCUCCAAAAGGAAAAGCAGUCGGGGGUCAAAAUAUUCCCCCCGGAGAACGAAAUAUACUCUUGGUCUCGACAUACACCCCUUCACAAGGUGAAGGUAGUGAUUGUCGGACAAGAUCCCUAUCACAAUCAUAACCAGGCUCAUGGCUUAGCAUUCUCAGUCCGACCUCCGACUCCAGCCCCUCCCUCUCUAGUCAACAUCUACACAGGUAUCAAAAAUGACUAUCCCUCCUUUCAACGACCACCUAACAAAGGAGGGCUUUUGACACCAUGGGCUGAGCGUGGAGUAUUGCUUCUUAAUACUUGUCUAACAGUUCGUGCACAUCAAGCUGCUAGUCAUUCAAACAAAGGAUGGGAACGUUUUACACAGAAAGUAAUUGACAUUGUAGCCAGAGUGCGAUCUCACGGAGUUGUCUUUCUUGCAUGGGGUACACCGGCAGGGAAGCGUGUGGCAGGUAUUAACCGACAGAAGCAUUCUGUACUUCAAUCAGUUCAUCCUAGCCCACUCAGUGCAUCCAGGGGCUUUUUCACCAAUGGACAUUUUAAAAAGUGCAACGAGUGGCUGGCUGAACGUUACGGUCCAGACGAGGUCAUUGAUUGGAGCCUGACUUCAGGAACAAAGACUACCAGCCCCCUCGGCACUAUUCAAAGUCCUUCAGCCUCUGUUGACAAACUAGCAUACUCUGGGGCAAAGCGAUCUAAAUCACAAGCCGCAGAGUUGGCUGACGUGGUCACACAGCCCUUGGAGCUCCAGGAUACAGAUGAGUUUGAUGAUGAUACCGAUGCUCUCGAAGCUCUAGCAGCCACAGAGACAGCAAGCUAAAUAUGCGGUCUAACUCGAACCAUGCCAGCUUUGGUGUUUUUGUUCUACCUAUUGGGAAUAUGGUACAAAUUAAGUGAGGUCAUAAUCAACGCUCUUCGACGUCGCUUGGGGUUGUUAUGAAUGAAUGUAUGUUGUUAGGUCUCGACAUCCUAGAUUCAAAAUUUGCACCUUCAAGGCUCUCCCUUUCUUUCUCUUUGGCGUGCUAUAUAGCUCGGAGGCCUUACAUCGUACACCUCAAUCGUGAGGCAAUCUUGCUACCUCCCCCAAAAAUCCUGAAUAUCGUUCUCUCAGGUAGUAUCUGGGACCUGGAGAGACGCUGGAAUUUCAACGCAAAUAACUAAUAUUGGUGAGCCCUGAACCUUUCUUUCUAAUGCUCACCAGUCUUACUGGAAAGUAUCCCUUGGCCAUUAAGAAUUAGCAUGCAAGCU